AUGGAGUGGAAAAUGAAUGGGCCUACAGGAGCCGGCGAUCGCACACGGGAAGGCGAAUCGCUGCCUCCACUAUCGAUGAAAGACUUCCAAGUCUACAACCGCCUGUCCGUGCAAAUGGACCAGUUCCACAACCAUUUCCGCCUCGUUUGGAACGACCUCCAAAACGCCUGCGCCCCCAUUGGCAAACAAAAACACCCCCGCCAACUCAUCCUAACCGGCCUUGCCUUCUGCUCCCAACUCGACUUCCACCACUCCAUCGAAGAACAGCACGUCUUCCCCGUCCUCGCGAAGAAAAUGCCCGAGUUCCGCAAGGAAUUGGACCUCCUGCAACAGCAUAAGAAGAUCCAUGCCGGGCUCGUGGAGUUGGAGAGGUAUUUGGAGGAUUGUCGGACGGGGGAGGCGGAGCUUGAUAGGGCGGAGGUGAAGAGGUUGAUGGAUGCUUUUGGGGACGUGCUUUGGAAGCACCUUGAUGAGGAGGUGCAGACGUUGGGGGCGCAGAAUAUGAGGAGGUAUUGGACGUUGAAGGAGAUGCCGGGGUUGCAGAUGUGA